AUGCAGCCUGAAGUUAAACUUGUACCCACAACAAAAAAUGUACAUAGUCGCUGUUUUUUAUUACCUAGACGUCAUGGUGUUUAUCCAACGGAGUUAAAAGAGAAUUCUCAUAGUCAUCAUUAUAAUAAUCAAGAUAAACAACGACAAAAGGUGGAAGCUUACGUUUUUAGUAAAUUAGAAGAAUAUUCGAAAAAAAAGUCCAUCAAUCUUUUACAUUUAACAUCUCUUUCUCAUAUUCGUCGACGUUUAAAACGUGAUAUUAAAUCGCUUCAUGGACAAUUUGAUUCAAAUACUGUAUCCGAAGAAAAACUUCAUCAAUGGAUUGAUGAAGUUCUUGAACAAAUCGAAUCCCAUAUAUCACAAUUACAAUCAUUAUUUCAAUCACAAGAUGAUCUUGAACAUUUUCUUACAUCNCACCUGUAG